GAAACCCUAGGUUCUUGAUAUUGUUUCAGUCUAUCCUUCAUCCAUCGGAACUUCUUUUGGCUCCUCGUGCUUGUAAGUGAAGGAAGAAUGGCGACAACCGAACAACCCAAGGUUGCUACUGAAGAAGCUAAGAUUGAUCUGUUUGAGGACGACGAUGAGUUUGAAGAGUUUGAAAUCGAUCAUGAGUGGGAUGUGAAGGAAGAAGGAAAGGAAGUAAGUCAACAAUGGGAAGAUGAUUGGGAUGAUGAUGAUGUGAAUGAUGACUUCUCUCUUCAACUGAGGAGGGAACUGGAAAUCAACACUGAGAAGAAGUGAAUGAACUCCAUUUGCAAGUGAUUGGUAUAAAUUCUGGACUUGUGAAUUUGUGGAUCUCAUCAUCAUAUGCACCUUUGAUUUUGCUUUCACCAAAUCAAGAAUUUGAAUUGAAAUCCUUUUCGGUUCCGUGAUUUUGCUUCUUUUUGUC